GAACUGCAAAUUGAUUUGACAGGCGUGUAACGUGGCCAAUGAAAACGAAGUAUUUCCACUCGGUCCUCCCACGAGCGGACUAACAAGCUACUUGCCGACACAGCUCUUAUUUGAGAAGAGGCGAGGAUUCAUGGAAAUUAUGUUUUACAGUCACAGUAACAUGUGGUGCAGUCGUGUCUUGCUGAUCAGCUGGGGUAUGCUGCUGCUCCAGCUGCUCAAUUUGGAGGCUGUUCCCAUCAGUAAGGACAAGACUAAAAUUCAAGAGCCACCGGUCAAGAUAGAAGAUGCUCCAAGUGUUGAUACAGGCCUUCACUAUGACCGCUACCUUAGAGAAGUCAUCGAUUUUCUCGAAAAAGACGAACAUUUCAGAGAAAAACUCCAUAAUACAGACAUGGAAGAUAUCAAGGACGGUAAACUCGCCAAAGAGCUGGACUUUGUAAGCCACCAUGUAAGAACCAAACUGGACGAGUUGAAGAGGCAGGAAGUAAAUCGACUGAGGACACUCAUUAAGGCCAGGCAUGACCUUGAAGGUGGAAAUGAUAUCGCAGUGGACCACCAGGUUCUGCUGAAACAGUUUGAAUACUUGAACCAUAUGAACCCUCAUACAUUUGAAGUGGAAGAUCUGGAUCGUCUCAUCAAAUCGGCCACAAAUGAUCUGGAGAACUUUGACAAAGAGAGACACGAGGAGUUCAAGCGUUACGAAAUGAUGAAGGAACACGACAGGCGGGAACACCUGAAGACAUUGGAUGACGAUCAGCGAAAACAAGAGGAGGAGCACUAUGAGGAGCUGAGGAAAAAACACGCCGAUCACCCUAAAGUCAACCACCCAGGCAGCCAGAAUCAACUCAAGGAAGUGUGGGAAGAUACUGAUGGUUUAGACCCAGAGGACUUUGAUCCCAAAACCUUUUUCAAUUUGCAUGACACCAACGGAGAUGGCUUUUUUGAUGAACAGGAACUGGAAUCACUGUUCACUAAGGAGUUGGAAAAACUUUACGAUCCCACAAACGAGGAGGAUGACAUGGUAGAAAUGGAAGAAGAGAGGUUGCGCAUGAGGGAGCAUGUCAUGAAUGAGGUGGAUUCAAACAAAGAUAGGCUGGUGUCAUUAGAUGAAUUCAUGACUGCAACAAAUAAAAAAGAAUUCUUGGAGCCAGAUAGUUGGGAGACGUUGGAGCAGAACCAGGCCUACACAGAUGACGAGAUGAGGGAGUUUGAGGAGCACCUCGCUCGUCAAGAACAAGAGCUUCACCAGAAAUCCGCCGAUCUUGAGAAACAGAGAAACGAGCUGGAAAGACAGCAGGAGCAACUUAAUGCACAGAAAAUGGAGUUGCAGCAGGCAGUUGAUCAUAUGGAACGACUCCGGUCUGAGAAACUAGAGCCCCCUCCGGAAGUCCACGUGGAAGGAAACGCCAUCCCGGAGAUCCACGCUCUCGACAAUCAGCAGCAGCACAACCAAGAGGCUCUCGGCCAUGAGCAUCAGCAGGCAGCGCAGGUUCAUCCUGAGGCUUCUCAAGACCAGAAUCAGCAAACAGGCCAGCAGACACACCAAGAUCUGCCUCCGGGCCAUCAAGAAAACCAACAAAGCCAGAACCACUUGCAGUAGAGCCUUCACAGCCGGACUUUUUCAAGCUCGUCCUAUUGGUGCUUUGGAUCUUGCUCAGGAUUGAAAAGCACACAAGAUGAACAAUGCCAGUUUCUGGUGUCCGACUUAUGAAUAAUGGAUUUUAAGGAGCAUUUGUCAACAUACUGACAUACAUGACAGGGACAUUUGAGCUAUAACAAAUUUUGAGGCCUGUGGAUAAAGUCACUUUAAGCCUUUGAACGGAACACAAAUGUACUAUUUGGUAUCACUGUGAAGGCCCCGCCCCUUCACAAGAAUGACUGAAAUGUUGUUUUGCAACAUUGCAGUGAGACCCAAAUUUGUCACCAACUCAUUCACUGCCAUUGACAGUGCUAGAUAUCCUUUCCAACUGAAGUGGAAUGGCUGGCAUUGAGUAAUCAUGUUUCACUGCGAUUGAUGACGCUAGACCUCCAAUCCAUUAAGCGCUAUCAAUGGCAGCCAAUGGGUUAAGAACAAAGUAUUGACUGAAAUGUUUUGCAUCUUUAAGAAUAUAUAUAUAAAUAUGGAGAAAAAAAAUCACAAAAUCUCUUCAUAACAGUAAGGAUGACUUGGUGGUCAUCUAUAUGUUCAACUAAUCUAACCAAUGACGAUGUUACAACCACAAAAAUGAAAAUCCUUGGAUUUGAAUCAGACAUUUUUAAAGAUAUCUUUGAUUUUGUGGUUUACAAUUUUGUUUGGCACAGUUUGGAGGUUGUACAGUUGAAAUACCACUGUUUUUGCUCAUACAUCAUUGUGUAUGAUGGAGUUUAUGACUUUUUAAUCAAACAUCUGUUGUGAACACAAUUUGAACAGCAAAAUAUUAGCAUUUGUCUUCGCAUUCAUUUUAACCGACCCAAUGAGAAUUGAAUGUUUCCACAAAUCCUAAACGUGAUGUCAUACGGCAUCAUGCUUUGCAGUGUUAUGAUUUCCAUUUGUCCUUUGCAUCUGCCAAACUGUACGUCUUUUUCCUUUUAAGCCCACAAAAAAAUUUCCAAGCUGUGCCGAGAGGAAAUUUUUGCAAAAUGUGUUGCAUAUUAGUUUGCACAAGAAGUACAAGUGGUUCUGUUAUUGCUUGCUGCUGGAUUAAAUUGUCAUUGUAUAUGUUGCUACUUGUAUGCCUCAGUUUAUCUAAGGCAAUAAAGUGAUUACAUCUUUCA